GUGGCAACUGUAGGUUCACGCUUGGCUGUUCUCUGGAAAUGUGGUGUACAACAGAAAGCUGUGCUCGAUCCUUGCGCCUUUGUGGCUUGCGUGAGCUCUAACGCCGCACGCCUAUUUAAUCUCUAUCCCCGCAAAGGUCGCAUUGAGAAAGGCAGCGACGCUGACCUCGUGCUAUGGAGCUCGGGUCUCGAACUCUCAACUUGCGCACCGGAGGUGGUGGUGCUUCGUGGCAGAGUUGUUGUCCAACACGGUCGACCAGUAGAGUCGUCUGUGGAACCCGGCUCUGGUCUACUGCUCGCUCCCGAGCCGUUUGGGAUUUUCACUUUUGGUCGCACAGAGACCGUCAAGAGGAGUCAGGAAUCUGCAUUAAAAGCUGUGCCACGUGAGGCCUACACCGGGCCUGUGUUCAAUCUCAACGGGCACGAGAAGACCCCGCCGCGGGAAGGAUAUUACUAUCGGAAGGAGGUUUACGACAAUGUACCCAAGGAAGCGUUGCCGCCUGGUCAGCGUAUCAUUCAUACCUCUGUGAAGACGGCUCAUCCACCUGGGGGAACCUCUAAUGCCUUCUGGUGGGACCGUUAA